AUGACCCAGAACACGUCCUCUUCAGGUCGUGCCUAUACGGCGGUUUUACAAUUCUCCAAUAACGGAGUUGGUCACUCUCUAUUCAGUACCCCUAUUGAUCAGGGUGACGCAGGCAACGGCUGGCAAUCAAUCGAGGCUGUCUUGAUUCGGCUCAACAAUACCUAUGCUACUUCCCCUCGGUUCCCAGUGUAUGGGCCCGAGUCCAACGGCACGAUGAGUCUGAUAGAUGGGUCCGGACCCGGCGGUUACACUGAGCUGAUCCCCGAGCGAGUUGCCGAAACUCGUGCGCUCGCGGAUUCGCUCAAUCUCCUGCCCUACCUUACGGGGUCAGGGAGAUUGUUCGCUGCAUCGUUUAGGGACAAAACCUACACUUCCGCCAGGGUCGACUGGAUGAUCUCCUUCACCAACAUCGACGGUACUUCUCGGCUAGCCAACGCUGCCGCUCGUGCUUCUGUACAGAGAGUUACCCGCAACACCAUUGCGCUCUCUAAUCUUGCCCGUGCCACUGCCGCUGCCCUAGGUGCCUAUGAUCGCUCACGCGCCCUCUCCGAGCAGGAGCGAAGGGUGAAGGACGACAAGCUCAACUUCGCCGUCACACUGCUAUGCCGUGCGAGCGGCGUGUUCGCGUACGUGUCUGAAGCCGUGCUUCCGCAGUGGGAGGAGGGGAUCGCCGGCAAGCCAGGGAUCUCCCGCCCUCCCGAUCUGAACAGGGAGGUCACCAUCGGCCUCUCCAAGUGCGCGUUAUUCCCUGCAUCUGGAUUGUUACCAGCAAAGAGGCUUGCACAUUCCCGCAGGAUGGCGCUCAUGGACGCGCAGACGCUCGCGAUCCACAAGCUGCUCACGAAGGCGACGGUCGAAAGCACGUUCUCGCUGGGCCCGCCGCUCCCGAAAUUGCACCCAUCGCCGGUGCUCGUGGCGAAGCUGCACCUCGAGUGCGCAGAGACCUACGCCUCCGCGCUCGAGCUUGCCAAGACGCCCGGCGCGUCGCACAAGCCGAAACAUCCUUUUGGACUCGGGAAGUAA